UGUCCUGUCAGCCGUUUACUUUGAGUUUUGUCCUCGCUGUUGCUUUGUUCUCUUGGGCAUGACAUCUGCUUCUCCUGGCAGGUCACCCUCUCCCCUGCCCCAGCCCAGGCAGUGUGUGGGCUUCAUACUGACUUUCCUGUGUGUGUGUGAGUCCAUGGUCUUUUGCUGCUUUUCUCAUGCCUUUUCUUUAUGACAUUUCAGCUCAUCCGCCAUACACCAUGUGCUUUAGAGUGAAAUUCUACUCACACGAACCCUUGAAGAUUACAGAAGAGCUCACCAGGUACCUCCUCUUCCUGCAAAUUAAAACAGACAUUGUCCACAGCCAACUGCUCUGCUCCUUUUCAGAUGCUGCCUCCCUGGGUGCCUGUAUCGUUCAAGCUUUUCUAGCCACCCAGCAUGGAGAGGAGAGCACCGGGUCACAGUCUGUUGUACCUCGGUUUGAAGCUUACUUCUCAUUUCCUGGUGAUUUCACACCAGACAAAUUAUUUAAGCUCCUAAGUUUCAGUUUCUUCAUAUAUUAAAUGGAGUGAUCCUACCUCCUUCACUG